AUGGCCGUAAUGUGUUCCUUCAGGACCCUGUUAUUAAGCUGUGCGAUUUGCAUUUUUCUGCUUGGGAUAAUACAUUUUGAAUACUCAUUCGAUUACAGCUAUUUGGGCCGGCUGUCUAAACUGAAACUUAGCAAUGUGUACAGUCCAAUUUUACAAGUCAAUGACAGUGAAGAGAGGAGUCAAAAUGAGAGUGACAGAGAUGACGGAGUGUGUGAAAUGUGUACUUCCAGUCAGCAGCUGAACUUCUGGUCUGCUCAGGAAUGGAAUUCUACAGACUGUGAGAAGAUUUACAAGUGGAUUGCAACCUCUCCCAUUCAAUGGCAGACGGAAGAUGAUAUUAUCAAAAUGACGUCACAGAUUCAGCACUGUCCAUGGCACCACCAGGGAGCAGUGGCCACAGAUUUCAGAUUGGAGCUCAAGAGGUGCUGCCAUGCUGCAUACAAUUGCCUAGUCACGCAGAAGAACACGCCUGUUGGAACAGAGUUAACUUAUGAGGCAGAACCCAAGAAAAAGAUUAAAAUCCAUCACCAGAUCUUUGCUAUUUUUCCUAAGGACUCGUCUCUCAGAAGUCAACAGUACAAGCGAUGUGCAGUUGUCGGAAAUAGUGGGAUAUUAACCAACAGCAGUUGUGGGGCUGAAAUUAACAAGGCUGACUUUGUGUUCCGGUGUAACCUCCCUCCCAUGGGUGGAGUUUUCGCCCAAGAUAUCGGAACGAAAACCAAUUUGGUGACGGCAAACCCAAGCAUCAUUACAGAGAGGUAUGGAGAACUACAAGACAGGAGGAGGCCGUUUUUCACCAACUUGACCAUCUAUAAUGACGCUCUCCUUCUCUUGCCUGCUUUCUCCUACACCAAGAACACAAUUCUCUCCUUCAGGGCUCUUUACACUCUCCAGGAUUUUCAGGCCAAACAGGAAGUGGUAUUCUUCAAUCCUGUGUACCUAAAACAUCUGAGUGAAUUCUGGCAUUCUAAGGGUGUAAGAGCAAACCGUCUCUCCACCGGCAUAAUGGUCACAAGCAUGGCACUAGAACUUUGUGAACAAGUGCUGAUUUAUGGGUUUUGGCCCUUUAAGGAAAAUGUAGAUGGGCAGGCUGUCUCACAUCACUACUUUGACAAUCAGCUCCCCAAGCCUGAUAUUCACUCCAUGCCAUUAGAGUAUCAACAGCUUCUGCAGAUGCACAGUAAAGGAAUUGUCAAACUUCAAAUGGCUCCAUGCCAGAUAGAUCCAUAAGAAAUAGACAUUUAACUCUCAGUCUUUAGAACAUUAGACUACUGGCCAUAAAACUGGGCUUAAAUAAGAACUAGCUUGACUUCCAAUCAGUAGAACCUUCAGGAUUUCAGUUUCUGAUGGCUUGUAUUUGAUUGGUUGUGUAGUGUUUGUUGAUCUUUCCCAGUUGGAGGAAGUCCUGAUGAUUGGACAUUUUGGCUGUGCAUAGCACAUUAAUGAGAAAUUAUCAUAGGGUCAUGAACAACUAACCAAUCAAUAUGUAGGAUCAUUGCUGUGAGGCCACGUUUUCAAAGGAGAUGAGGGUGGUCCAAUGAACAGCUCAGGGCUGGUAGGCAAUAGGAAGAUCUCGAGUUAGGAUAACACAAAGAACCUGAUGUAUAACCAUGCUUUUUCUUUGCCCUUUUAUGAUUUUGAGAGCCUAAGUCAUAGAUAUACUAUUGUCAUUCACUUUUAAAAACUUCAGACUAGUAAAGAACAGAAGUAUUGCAUUUUCUGGUAACUUCUUUCAUAAUAUCUCAAUGAACUAUUUUUGGAGAGUUGUAACAGGAAGCCCAGCAUCCCAACUUUCCAUGGUAAACUCCCACAAAUAGCAAAGUGACAAUAGACUAAUAGAGCAUUACAGCUCCUUCAGCCCAUCCAGUCCAUGCUGAAUUGUUAUUCUGUCCAGUCCCAUCAACCCACACCUGGAUCAUAGCAUUCUGUACCCCUCCUAUCCAUGUAUUCCAAACUUUUCUUAACUGUUGCAGUCAAACCCACAUCCACCGCUUCCACUGGUGGCUUGUUCCACACUCUCAUCACCCUCUGAAUGAGGUAGUUCCCUCUCAGGUUCCCCUUAAAUAUUUUACCUCUCACCUUUAACCUAUGAGCUCCAGUUCUAGUCUCACACAAACUAGUGGAAAAAGCUUGCUUGAAAUUACCCUAUCUAUACCCCUCUAUUAAAUCUUCCCUCAUUCUCCUACGCUGCAGUGAAUAAAGUCCUAAUCAGUUCUGCCUUUCCCUAUAACUCAGAUCGUCAAGUCUCAGCAACAUCCUUAUAAAAUUUCUCUGUGCUCUUUCAAUCUUAUUGAUAUCUUUCCUGUAGGUAGGUGACCAAAACUGCACACAAUACUCCAAAUUUGGCCUCACCAAUAUCAUACAACUUCAACACAAUGACCAAUUGUAGACACAAAUGUUGUCAAGGACAAAGGGAUAACACUCUUACUGUUCUUCAGAAUACUGGCCAUCCCUGUUUAACAAGCGGAUUUCCUUUAUACAGUCAUCUGUAAGUCACUUCUGUCCAUGUUUAAGAUACUCAAAAAAUCACAUCCCUACAGUUUUGUAAUGAAUAGCAUUAAAAGUAGUUAAGAAAAGAAAAUCUGCAGUUUGGGCCGAGACCUGUCAACUGCAUUUUUUCUCAUAGAUGCUUCCUGGCCUGCUGAGUUCCUCCAGUAUUUUCUGCAUCAAAAGCAUUUAGAACUGAUUUUAAUGGAACAAUUAGUAAAAGUGGAGCAAAAACGAAACUACUUUUGUCAUUUGUUGGAGUGAACAUGUGCAUUUAAGUAAGACUUUUGAAUCAAAUUAUAUGUAUUGUAGCAGCAGCUUGUCCAUCUGGAUCUAUAAAAUAUGGGCAGUCGUAACAGACAAGUUAGAGAAGCGUUUAAUUGGAGUCAGGGGAACUAUGAGGCUAUCAGGCAGGAAAAUGGAGGCUUAAAUUGGAAACGUUCUCAGAAAAGUACGGAAGAAAUGUGGCAAAUAUUCAGGGGAUAUUUGUGUAGAGUUCUGCAUAGGUACAUUCCAAUGAAACGGGGACAUUAUGGUAGGGUACAAAGGGUACAAAGGCUGUAAUAUAUCUAGUCACGAAGAAAAGAAAAACUUACAAAAGGUUCAGAGAGCUAGGUAAUGAUAGAGAUCUAGAAGAUUAUAAGGCUAUGUAUGAUGAAGGAGCUGAAGAAGGAAAUUAGGGAGAGCCAGAAGGGGCCAUGAGAAGGCCUUGGCGGGCAGGAUUAAGGAAAAGCAAGAGGAUAAGACGUGAGAGAAUAGGACCAAUCAAGUGUGACAGUGGGAAAGUGUGUAUGCAACUGGAGGAAAUAGCAGAGGUACUUAAUGAAUACUUUACUUCAGUAUUCACUAUGGAGAAGGAUCUUAGUGAUUGUAGUGAUGACAUGCAGCAGACUGAAAAGCUUGAGCAUGUAGAUAUUAAGAAAAGAUGUGCUGGAGCUUUUGGAAAACAUCAAGUUAGUUAAGUUGCCGGAACCGGACGAAAUGUACCCCAGGCUACUGUGGGACAUGAGGGAGGAGAUUGAUGAGCCUCUGGUGAUGAUCUUUGCACCAUCAAUGGGGACGGGAGAGGUUCCGGAGGAGAGUGCCCUCCACUCUCUCCGCACUAACCCCAACCGCACCACAAACCUGCAGACAAAGGUGGUGCCAUAGUAGUCUGGCGGACUGACCUCUACCUCACUGAGGCCAAGCGGCAGCUCUCCGACACCUCCUCGUACUUGCCCCUGCCACAGCACCCCACGAGUAAACAUCAAUCCACUGUCUCCCACACCAUCUCCAACCUCAUCAACUCCUUCCUCCCUCAGCCAAAAAACUCAUAAUUCCCACACCCUGCACAGCUCGGUUUUACCUCCUCCCCAAGAUCCACAAGCCUGACUGUCCGGCAGACCCAUGGUUUCAGCCUGCUCCUUCCCCACCGAACUUGUGUCUGCCUACCUGGACUCCAUUUUAUCCCCCAUAGUUCAGACUCUCCCCACCUACAUCCUGGAUACAUCCCAUGUCCUUCACCUCUUCAAUAACUUCCACUUCCCCGGCCCCGACCACUUCAUUUUUACCAUGGAUGUUCAAUCCUUAUACACCUCCAUCCCCCAUCAAGAAGGCCUCAAAGCCCUCCGCUACUUUUUGGAUAACAGACCCCACCGGUUCCCCAGCACCACCACACUCCUCCGGUUGGCGGAGCUUGUUCUAACUCUCAAUAACUUCUCCUUUGGUUCUUCCCACUUUCUCCAGAUCAAGGGCAUAGUCAUGGGUACUCGCAUGGGCCCCAGCUGUGCCUGCCUCUCUGUGGGUUAUGUGGAACAGUCUAUGCUCCAAAUCUAUACUGGCACCACUCCCCAACUUUUCCUCUGCUGCAUUGACGACUACAUUGGUGCUGUUUCCUGCACCCAUGCUGAGCUCGUCAAUUUCAUCAACUUUGCCUCUAACUUUCACCCAGCCCUUAAAUUCACUUGGUCCAUCUUUCUCUCCCCUUUCUUGAUCUCUCGGUCUCCAUCUCUGGAGACAGACAUCUUCUACAAAUCCACUGACUCCCAUAACUAUCUUGACUAUACCUCUUCCCACCCUGCCCAAUGCAAAAAUACCAUUCCCUAUUCCCAGUUCCUCCAUCUCCGCCACAUCUGCUCCCAGGAUGAGGCUUUCCGUUCCAGGACUUCUCAAAUGUCUCUUUCUUUCAGGAUCUUGGUUUCCCUUCUGGCAUCAUCAAAGAUGCCCUCACCCACAUCUCCUCCACUUCCCGCACUUCAGCCCUUAACCCAUCCUCCCGUCACCACAACAGGGACUGAGUUCCCCUUGUCCUCACCUACUACCCCACCAGCCUCCGGAUCCAGCAUAUUAUCCUCCGCAAUUUCUGCCACCUUCAACAGGACCCCACCACCAAGCACAUCUUUCACUCCCUACCCCUCUCUGCUUUUCGCAGGGAUCAUUCCCUCCGCGACUACCUGGUCCACACAUCACUCCCCACAGAACUCCCACCCGGCACUUAUCCCUGUAAGUGCAAAUGCUACACCUGUCCCCACACCUCCCCCCUUACCACCAUUCCGGGCCCCAGGCCCCAGACAGUCCUUCCAGGUGAGGCAACACCUGCGAGUCUGCUGGAGUCGUCUAUUGCAUCCAGUGCUCCCGGUGCAGCCUCCUCUACAUUGGUGAGACCCGAUGCAGAUUGGGAGACCGCUUCAUCGAGCACCUACACUCCAUCCGUCACAAUAGACAGGACCUCCCGGUUGCCACCCACUUCAACUCUGCCUCUCAUUCCCAUCUAGAUAUGUCCAUACAUGGCCUCCUCUACUGCCAUGAUGAGGCCAAACUCUGGUUGGAGGAGCAACACCUCAUCUACCGUCUGGGUAGCCUCCAGCCUGGUGGUAUGAACAUUGAAUUCUCCAAUUUCUGGUAAUUCCCUCCCCCUCCCCCUUCCCUUAUCCCAUGUCCUUCUCUGCCUCUCUCCCCUUUCAACUUUCUGCUUUUUUAUCUCUACAGUUCUUUCAUGCUUAUCCCCUCCCCCUCCCCCCUUUAUCUUUCCUCUGAUUGGUUUUCCACCUGGCGCCUCUAGGCCCUACCCCCUCCCCUAUCUCUAUUACUGGGCUUCGGUCCUCUCUUUCCCCCCCAUUCCUGAUGAAGGGUCUCCGCCUGAAAUGUUGGCUACUCUUUUCUCACGGAUGCUGCCUGACCUGCUGAGUUCUUCCAGCAUUGUGUACAUAUUCCGGAGGAUUGGAAGGUUGCGGAUGUUGUUCCUUUAUUCAAGAAAGGAAGUAGAGAUAGCCCAGGAAAUUAUAGACCAGUGAGUCUUAGCAGUAAGUUGAUGGAGAAGAUCCUGAGAGGAAGGAUUUAUAUACAUUUGGAGGGCUAUAAUAUGAUUUGGAGUAGUCAGCAUGGUUUUGUCAAGGGCAGGUCAUGCCUUAUGAGCCUGAUUGAAUUUCUUGAGGAUGUGACUAAACACAUUGAUGAAGGAAGAGCAGUAGAUGUAGUGUAUAUGGAUUUCAGCACGGCAUUUGACAAGGUACCCCAUGCAAGGCUUAUUGAGAAAGUAAGGAGGCAUGGGGGACAUUGCUUUGUGGAUCAAGAACUGGCUUGCCCACAGAAGGCAAAGAGUGGUUGUAGAUGGGUCAUAUUCUGCAUGGAGGUCGGUCACCAGUGGGGUGCCUCAGGGAUCUGUUCUGGGACCCUUACUCUUCAUGAUUUUUAUAAAUGACCUGGAUGAGGAAGUGGAGGGAUGGGUUAGUAAGUUUGCUGAUGACAUAAAAGUAGGAGGUGUUGUGGAUAGUGUAGAGGGCUGUCAGAGGUUACAGCGGGAUAUUGAUAGGAUGCAAAACUGGACUGAGAAGAGGCAGAUGUUCAACCCAGAUAAGUGUGAAGUGGUUCAUUUUGGUAGGUCAAGUAUGAUGGCAGAAUAUAGUAUUAAUGGUAAGACUCUUGGCAAUGUGGAGGAUCAGAGGGAUCUUGGGAUCCGAGUCCAUAGGACACUCAAAGCAGCUGCGCUGGUUGACUCUGUGGUUAAGAAGGUGUAUGAUGUACCAGCCUUCAUCAAUCAUGGAAUUGAAUUUAGGAGCCGAGAGGUAAUGUUACAGCUAUAUAGGACCCUGGUCAGACCACACUUGGAGUACUGGAGUACUCAGUUCUGGUCGCCUCACUACAGGAAGGAUGUGGAAGCCAUAGAGAGGGUGCAGAGAAGAUUUACAAGGAUGCUGCCUGGAUUGGGGAGCAUGCCUUAUGAGAAUAGGUUGAGUGAACUCGGCCUUUUCUCCUUGGAGUGAAGGAGGUUGAGAGGUGACCUGAUAGAGGUGUAUAAGAUGAUGAGAGGCAUUGAUCGUGUGGAUAGUCAGAGGCUUUUUCCCAUGGUUGAAAUGGUUGCCACAAGACGACACAGGUUUAAGGUGCUGGGGAGUAGGUACAGAGGAGAUAUCGGGGUAAGUUUUUUUUACUCAGAGUGGUGAGUGCAUGGAAUGGGCUGCCGGCAACAGUGGUGGAGGUAGAUAUGACUGGGUCUUUUAAGAGGCAUUUAGAUAGGUACAUGGAGCUCAGUAAAAUAGAGGGCUAUAGGUAAGCCUAGUAAUUUCUGAGGUAGGGACAUGUUCAGCACAACUUUGUGGGCCGAAGGGCCUGUAUUGUGCUGUAGGUCUUCUAUGUUUCUAUGUAACUGUAAUAGUAUGUUGCCUGACUCUCUUGGUGACAAUGAUUCUAAACAAACAAUCACUCAACAAAGUUUUGUUUCUAAAUAUUUUAUUAAGCGUCACAUAUACUGAUUACUUAACAUACACUUGCACAUACACUGUUUACUGCUAAUUUGAGAUCUUACCUGCCCCAGUCACAAUAAGAGGUUAAUCAUAUAACCAUAUAACAAUCACAGCACGGAAACAGGCCAUCUCGGCCCUCCUAGUCCAUGCCGAACUCUUAAUCUCACCUAGUCCCACCUACCCGCACUCAGCCCAUAACUCUCCACUCCUUUCCUGUCCAUAUACCUAUCCAAUUUUACCUUAAAUGACACAACUGAACUGGCCUCUACUACUUCUACAGGAAGCUCAUUCCACACAGCUAUCACUCUUUGAGUAAAGAAAUACCCCCUCGUGUUUCCCUUAAACUUCUGCCCCCUAACUCUCAAAUCAUGUCCUCUCGUUUGAAUCUCCCCUACUCUCAAUGGAAACAGCCUAUUCACAUCAACUCUAUCUAUCCCUCUCAAAAUUUUAAAUACCUUGAUCAAAUCCCCCCUCAACCUUCUACGCUCCAAUGAAUAGAGACCUAACUUUCUCUGUAACUUAAGUGCUGAAACCCAGGUAACAUCCUAGUAAAUCGUCUCUGCACUCUCUCUAAUUUAUUGAUAUCUUUCCUAUAAUUCGGUGACCAGAACUGCAUGCAGUAUUCCAAAUUUGGCCUUACCAAUGCCUUGUACAAUUUUAACAUUACAUCCCAACUUCUGUACUCAAUGCUUUGAUUUAUAAAGGCCAGCGUUCCAAAAGCCUUCUUCACCACCCUAUCUACAUGAGACUCCACCUUCAGGGAACUAUGCAAUGUUAUUCCUAGAUCUCUCUGUUCCUCUGCAUUCCUCAAUGCCCUACCAUUUACCCUGUAUGUUCUAUUUGGAUUAUUCCUGCCAAAAUGUAGAACCUCACACUUCUCAGCAUUAAACUCCAUCUGCCAACGUUCAGCCCAUUCUUCUAACCGGCAUAAAUCUCCCUGCAAGCUUUGAAAACCCACCUCAUUAUCCACAACACCUCCUACCUUAGUAUCAUCGGCAUACUUACUAAUCCAAUUUACCACCCCAUCAUCCAGAUCAUUUAUGUAUAUUACAACCAACAUUGGGCCCAAAAACAGAUCCCUGAGGCACCCCGCUAGUCACCGGCCUCCAUCCCGAUAAACAAUUAUCCACCACUACUCUCUGGCAUCUCCCAUCUAGCCACUGUUGAAUCCAUUUUAUUACUCCAGCAUUAAUACCUAACGACUGAACCUUCUUAACUAACCUUCCAUGUGGAACUUUGUCAAAGGCUUUGCUGAAGUCCAUAUAGACUACAUCCACUGCCUUACCCUUGUCAACAUUCCUCGUAACUUCUUCUGCUGACUCCCAACCCGUGAGUUUACAUCUUUGUGAUGAUUGAUCUCUGGGGUGGUUGUUUGCCUUAUCUUUGAUGACUCUUUUAUACAGUUAUUUUUCUGAUGGCAACCUUUGUUCUUUUUGUCCAGUCCUAUUAUUGCACAUUCCCUUUAGGGAUUUGGUGGUCACUUUUACUUUGUGCACAUCUGUUCCCUUCUUAUGGCCUUUAAUUCUUCGUCAUCACAUAUAAUUCUGCAGAUUUGCUAAUGAUACUUUCACUCCCUUCUCCAUGUCUUCAUUCUGAGCUAGAACUUUUCUUUGAGCAAUACUUUGAUGGGCAGAGCUCUGUAUACUAAGUCUGAUGGGAUACUUGACACCUUUAUUCCCGCUACAGACAUAGGAAUUUUACUGUCUACCUGAGAGGGCUGACAAUUUGAAGUCUCAGUACUUCAUACCAGUGACAUCUUUUGUCCUCAGGUCUCUGAGACUUCAACCCACAAAACUACCAUUGCCAAGUAUGUUACCAACUGAGCCAAAAUAUUGUGGAGGGCUGUCAGAGGUUACAGCGGGACAUUAAUAGGAUGCAAAACUGGGCUGAGAAGUAGCAGAUGGAGUUCAGCCCAGAUAAGUGUGAAGUGGUUCAUUUUGGUAGGUCAAAUAUGAUGGCAGAAUAUAGUAUUAAUGGUAUGACUCUUAGUAGUGUGGAGGAUCAGAGGGAUCUUGGGGUCCGAGUCCAUAGGAUGCUCAAAGCAGCUGCGCAGGUUGACUCUGUGGUUAAGAAGGCAUAUAGUGUAUUGGCCUUCAUCAAUCAUGGAAUUGAAUUUAGGAGCCUAGAGGUAAUGUUGCAGCUAUAUAGGACCCUGGUCAGACCCCACUGGAGUACUGUGCUCAGUUCUGGUCGCCUCACUACAGGAAGGAUGUGGAAACCAUAGAAAGGGUGCAGAGGAGAUUUACAAGGAUGUUGCCUGGAUUGAGGAGCAUGCCUUAUGAAAAUAGGUUGAGUGAACUCGGCCUUUUCUACUUGGAGCGAAGGAGGAUGAGAGGUGACCUGAUAGAGGUGUAUAAGAUGAUGAGAGGCAUUGAUCGUGUGGAUAGUCAGAGGCUUUUUCCCAAGGCUGAAAUGGUGGCCACAAGAAGACACGGGUUUAAAGUACUGGGGAGUAGGUACAGAGGAGAUGUCAGGGGUAAGUUUUUUAUUCAGGGAGUGGUGAGUGCAUAGAAUGGGCUGCCGGCAAUGGUGGAGGCAGAUACGAUAGGGUCUUUUAAGAGACUUUUGGAUAGGUACAUGGAGCUUAGAAAAAUAGAGGGCUAUGAGUAAAUCUAGUAAUUUCUAAGGUAGGGACAUGUUCAGCACAACUUUGUGGGUCGAAGAGCCUGUAUUGUGCUGUAGGUUUUCUAUGUUUCUUUAAGUUCUGAACUGGCACCUUAAGUUCAAGGAAUCCUUUCUCCUGGUCAAAUUAGCUUUUGUUUUGUGCUUGGGAUACCUACCCUAGUUGAAGAUGAUUCAAUAGGCAGGAAAAAAACCGACUACUGGAACAACUACUUAAAUUGAACAUUGGUGACACUGGUUGGCAGGUGCUGGGUAUUGCAGUGGACAUCUUGACAUCUUGAAGGACAAAUGGAGGAUGUGCCUGCCCUGUUUUCUACUAACACCUCAUACUAGUGCUACCUUCUGAACUUGUAACUGAUGAGCUGUCUAUGAAAAAUAUUGUCCACUGCUUCUCUGACUGGACGGUUGAGACAGCUUUUCUGUCUAGACACCAAGAUCCGUGGUGUUGCUAAAGUAUCUUCACACAGAUGCAGACAGUAACAACCUGAACAAAGUUUACAGAAUAAACAAAAGUAAAAAUGCAAUGGUCUAAGGAAAAUUCAUGUCAAUGAAACCUGGGCUAAAAUGAUUUAAUUAUGAAAGGGGUUGUGUAGAUUAAGCCCCCAUGUCAUAGAUUAAAGGUUGAUCUAAUUCUGUUAAAGUUGAGCAAAGGAUUUGAAAGUGGAAGCAGCGAGAAUGUAAUUCCUUUGUUUGGGGGAGAGAAUCAUACAAACUAAUGAUUUAGGAGCAGGAAUAGGCCACUUGGCCCCUUUUGCCAUACUACUCUAUUUAUUAAGUGUGCCACAAAUAACCUUUCAUCAUCUUGCUUAUUAAAUGUCUGUCAAACUUGGAUUAAAAUAUUAAUUGCCCCUGUUACUGUAGCCUUUUGGGAAAGAGAAAUUCUCUCUGUUGCAACUCCUCAGGACUUUUAAAGUUUCUGUUAUCACCUCUCACUCUUCAGAACUCUAGUAGAUACAAGCCGAGCUUAUCCAGCCUUUCCUCAAAGGACAAUCCACUCAUCCUAGGUAUCAGUAAAGUUUCUCUAAGCUGCUUCUAAUUAAUUAAUAUCUUUAAAUAACAAGACUAAAACUACUCAGUACACAAGAUGUGACUUCAGCAAUGUAAUGAAGUAUAACACCCCUGCUGUGUAUUCAGUUUUCCUAGCAAUAAACUAUAAUAUACUGUUGGCUUUCCUAUUUA